AUGGAGGAGUGCAGUGCAAGACUGGGAGUCCCAGUGAACUGCAUCCUGCCUGUGAAGAACUACCAUGAGGAGACCGACUUGAAUGAUGACAUUGAUGUUCUGCUGUUGGGAGCACUUGAGCAGAUAGUGGAUUUUGCGGAUGAAUUCUCAAAGGACAUCCCACUAUCCGGUGCCAUGGCUGUGCUGGUCCCUCUGGGUCACUAA